GUCUUCAAGAGGACGUACACCCUGGACAUGAAUUCAUCACUUUGAGCAGAGCUGUUGUAUAAACUCGGGAAAACAUGACAGGGGAGGCCUCCAGAGUGUUGAGGUUGUGUCUGCAUCACACGGCUUUGCUCCGAAGAUACCCACAUCCCAGCUCAUCACUCCAAGCAACCAGAUUCUUCAGUUCACACAGGGAAGGUAGGCGCAGAGGGCUGUUAUGGAAGACGCUUGCUGGGAUCUCUAUUGGCGUACCUGUGGCAGUGGGUGUCCAGUAUGCAGUGUCAGAACCCAGAGAGAGGAGGAAGAUGAGGAUUGUGAUUGAAGGAUUUGGUCGCUUCUGCAGAUCUCUCUCUGUGGGAAUCCUUAUCUCUGUGGAUUACUGGUGGACCACCAAUAUGACUCUUCGGGGCCUGGAUGAGAGCAGCCCAUCCUACCUGGCUGAGAUGUCAGCCUGCCACCAGAGGGCAGCAGAGGGCAUGGUGCAGGGCGCCGUCAGGAACGGAGGGAUAUACAUCAAACUCGGCCAAGGUCUGUGUUCGUUCAACCACCUCCUGCCCCCCGAGUACAUCCGCACCCUGCAAAUACUGGAGGACAAGGCCUUGAACAGGAGGUACAAAGAGGUGGAUGCUCUCUUCCAAGAAGACUUCAAGAAAACCCCAGAGCAGCUUUUUAAAGCGUUUGACUAUGAACCCAUAGCUGCUGCCAGCUUGGCACAGGUUCACAAGGCAGAGCUGUUUGAUGGGACUCCGGUGGCUGUGAAGGUGCAGUACAUUGACCUCAGGGAUCGAUUCGACGGUGAUAUCAGAGCACUGGAGAUCCUGCUGGAUAUUGUUAAGUUCAUGCACCCCAGUUUUGGAUUCCGCUGGGUUCUUAAGGACUUGAAGGGCACAUUGGCCCAAGAACUGGACUUUGAGAACGAGGCCAGGAAUUCUGAGAGGUGCGCACAGGAGCUGAAACACUUCAAAUUUGUCGUUGUGCCCAAAGUCUUCUGGGAGCAAACUAGUAAGAGGGUGCUGACAGCAGAGUUUUGCAACGGUUGCAAAAUCAACAACGUGGAACUCAUUAAAAGUCAAGGGUUAAGUUUGAAAGAUACUGCAGAUAAACUGAUUCAAACAUUUGCUGAGCAAAUAUUCUACACUGGUUUCAUCCACGCCGAUCCUCACCCUGGAAAUGUUCUGGUGAGACCAGGUCCUGACAACAAGGCAGAGCUGGUGCUGUUGGACCACGGACUGUAUGAAUACCUCACUCAAAAUGACAGAGUGGCCCUUUGUAAACUGUGGAGGUCCAUCGUCCUGCGAGAUGAGGCGGCAAUGGAGAAGUACUCUAAAGCGCUCGGGGUCAAAGAGUACUUCCUCUUCUGCGAGAUGCUGCUGCAGAGACCCAUCAACAUGCGGGAGCUGGGUCUGUCCAACAUCCUGAGCAGAGAGGAGACCACCUACAUGCGCGACAUGGCCAUCCACCGCUUCGAGAGCAUCAUGCAGGUGCUGAAGUCGAUGCCGCGGCCCAUGCUGCUCGUCUUCAGGAACAUCAACACGGUCCGAAGCAUCAACAUCACUCUGGGAGCGCCGGUGGAUCGCUACUUUGUCAUGGCCAAGAGUGCGGUUCGAGGCUGGGGGAAGAUUCAGGCGGAGAGGACGGGGAUCCUGCCCAGGCUCUGGGUCUUCCGCUGGGUGAGGACGUCGUGGGAGAGCCUCAAGUUUGAGCUGGCUUUGAGAUCGGAGAUGGCGAUGAUGAGUCUGACGCGUUCACUCCUGAGCCUGCUGUCGUACUUCGGUCUCAUAUCUCUGGACGCUGACAUGUACGAGUACCUGAGGUAGUGCACGUGUGAAGGAGCACAGCGUUAGGACCGUUUCCAAGCACAAGUUAAUGCAAUCCUAGAGCAAGGAGCCUUCACUUACUGCAGCAGCUCAGAGUGCUGCUCGUAAUGGUGCUGCUGGAGUGUUUCCACGCCAAAUCACAUCCCGGACUGUAACACAUAUGUCGUCUUCAAAAUGGGUGAGAAUGUAUUGAACUUCAGGACCAUAAAGCACCAAAUCUGCUCAAGAUUUAGACUCCCAGAGGCCACAGUGUCAAAACGUAAAAGCCUAUUGUAAUGUUUUUAAAUUAAAUUAAGGAUAUUACACAGUUUUUAGUAUUUACAUCAAUUUGUUUUAGUUUUAUCUUAGUAAAAUAAAUGUUAUUGAAAUCCAAAUUUGAGCUAUUUUAAAAGAAACUGGUAUAAAUUGACCUAUUUAUUCUCUCGAGUUAUUUUGUCGCAGCUGUAUCACCCUGGCUUUGCAAUACAUCGAACUGGGUCCUUGUAUUUCAUGAAUGUGUAAUAUUUGUACCGUGGUAAACGAAAUGUUAAGCUGCAUCCCCACAAGACAAACUGUCCAAAAACAAAAAGGCAAAAUAUUAAAUCUCCAAAUUGUUUCCCCUGAAAUAUUCAACUGUGACUAUACUGUGCAGGUUAGAUGUUUUUAAAUUAUUUAACAAUGUUA